AUGCAGAUGAUAAACGGAUUCAUUAUGAAACAGGAAGAACUACCACCAGGAUGGGGAAAACGUUUGAGCAAGAAAUAUGGACAGUAUUACUACUAUAAUAAAUAUACUAAUGAGAGCCAGUGGAAUCCUCCAAGCAGACCUGCUGCCCCUGUACCAAGCAGUGGCCCAGAAGAAGUUGAAUGCAGUCAUUUGCUUGUGAAGCACAACAACUCAAGGAGGCCGUCUUCUUGGAGAAAGAAAAAGAUUACACGCUCCAAAAAGCAUGCACUACGUCUCAUCAGGUUAUUUAUUGAGUUUAUAGUAACAGGAGUGGCAUCAUUUGCAGAACUGGCCCAGAAGUAUUCAGACUGCAGUUCAGCAAAGAGGGGUGGAUACUUGGGCACAUUUGGUCGAGGUGUUAUGCAGGAACCAUUUGAAGAGGCUGCAUUUGCUCUUAGAGUGAGCGAGCUUAGUGGACCAGUCUACACCGAAUCAGGGAUACACAUUAUCUUACGUACGGCAUAG